AUGGAGGCAGAGCUCCAGUCGCAGAUUCCAGGUCUCGACCAUGUGAUCUCAGAAUACUCUGUGGGCUACCUGACACAUGCUUCAAGGGCAUAUGUCGAGGACGCAAAUGCCCCGUCACCAUUGGCAGAAGCCGCUGACAUGGUCACUGAACUUCUGGUUUCUGCAUCCGGAGAUUUCUCCGACAAAAAUGAAAAAGCUAUUCGGAACUUAGUGGAAAAGUUCAUUUCUUCUUUGAGUUCUGCGGACGGUGUCGAUGCGGAGCGGAGGCAAAUGCCAUUCACUGCUAAGAAGCUAGAUCAGGCCAUCAAUGUUGGGUCCCAGAGAAACAUGUCCUCGACUUUGGGACUUGCUGGUGGAAAUGUCGACUUGGAAUCUGCCAACAGCAGAAAAGUAGAGUCCCGCGUAGACCGCAAGAAGCUUGAAAAGGCAGAGCGAAAGAUCCGUGCCAAGCAGGAGAAAAAGCAAAUGAAGAUGGUGCAAUACGAAUCGUCCCGUCUCCUCGACCAGCCAGAUAGCACCAUGUCUUAUGAGGAGUUUUUCAUGGCUGUUAACCCGCUCCAGCUGGGCUCAGAUUCUGCAGCAAAGAGCAAGGACAUUAAGAUCGAUAGCAUUGACACCUCUGUUGGUGGUCAUCGAAUCUUGACCGACGCUUCACUUACCCUGGCGUACGGUCGACGGUACGGUCUUGUCGGUCAAAAUGGUAUAGGAAAGUCUACUCUUCUGCGGGCCUUGAGCCGUAGAGAAGUCGCAAUCCCAAGCCAUAUAUCGAUUUUGCAUGUUGAACAGGAAAUCAUGGGUGACGACACUCCUGCUCUGCAAGCGGUUCUGGACGCAGACGUAUGGCGAAAGCGUCUUCUCGCAGACCAAGAUAGAAUUACGAAACAAUUGACUGCUCUAGAAGCGGAACGAUCUUCGAUGGCAGACACCUCUACAGAUGCCGCCAGGCUUGACCACGAAAGGGAGGGUUUAGACAUAACCUUAAGUGAUAUCCAUUCCAAACUUUCAGAAAUGGAAUCGGACAAAGCCGAAUCGCGAGCUGCUAGUAUAUUGGCUGGUCUUGGCUUUUCACCCGAAAGACAACAGUUUGCAACAAAAACCUUUUCUGGUGGUUGGAGAAUGAGAUUAGCUCUAGCGCGAGCUCUAUUCUGCGAACCAGACUUGCUUCUUCUAGAUGAGCCCUCCAACAUGCUGGACGUUCCGUCCAUUACAUUCUUAUCCAACUACCUCCAGGGAUAUCCUAGUACUGUUCUUGUGGUCUCGCACGACCGGGCUUUCUUAAAUGAGGUUGCUACCGACAUUGUACAUCAACACUCCGAAAGGCUGGAUUACUAUAAGGGAGCCAACUUCGACUCGUUCUAUGCUACGAAGGAGGAACGGAAGAAGAAUGCGAAGCGUGAAUACGAAAAACAAAUGGCAGAAAGAGCACAUUUGCAAGCAUUCAUCGAUAAAUUUAGAUACAACGCGGCUAAGUCAUCUGAGGCGCAAUCUCGAAUCAAGAAGCUCGAGAGGAUGCCAGUCUUGGAAGCCCCAGAGAGCGAUUACGUUGUGCAUUUCAAAUUUCCAGACGUCGAGAAGCUUUCUCCCCCCAUUGUACAGAUGUCCGAGAUUGCCUUCGGUUAUUCCAAGGAUAAACCCCUUCUAAGAAAUGUUGAUCUCGAUGUGCAACUUGACUCUCGGAUAGGAAUUGUUGGACCGAACGGUGCUGGUAAAACCACAGUUUUGAAGCUGCUAACUGGCCAGCUUGAGCCAACUUCUGGCCUUCUUUCGCAACAUGCCCGCUUACGUAUUGGAUACUUUGCCCAACAUCACGUUGAUGCUCUGGACCUGACGACCAGUGCGGUAAGCUUCAUGGCGAAGACCUAUCCAGGAAAGACAGAUGAGGAAUACCGCAGGCAUUUGGGAGCAUUUGGAAUCACUGGAAUGACUGGACUUCAAAAGAUGGAGCUCCUGUCUGGAGGACAAAAAUCUCGUGUCGCAUUUGCUUGCUUGUCGUUGACAAACCCACACAUUUUGGUCCUUGAUGAACCUUCCAACCACUUGGAUAUUGAAGGUAUGGAUGCAUUGUCUGAAGCAUUGCAGAGGUUCGAAGGUGGUGUCGUGAUGGUAUCCCACGAUGUGACAAUGUUGCAGAAUGUCUGUACUAGUCUUUGGGUCUGCGACAAGGGAACAGUAACCAAGUUCGAUGGCACCGUCAACGCCUACAAGAAGAUGAUCAGUUCACAAGCCAAUGAAGCAGGGGUGAUUUCCUCAACGCUCGUAUCAAUCGACACGGAUCUCUCCAACCGCGAUCUUACAACACUAGACAAAAGCCUGAUAACAUCUUGCACAAGCUUGUUUGCUUUGGUUGCGAGUCCCCUUGCUGGGAUUCUGGCCGACAGGCUCGGUCGCCGAAAGGUUAUAUUCGUUGCAGAUGUGCUGUUCGCUCUAGGAGCCUUUGUGCAAGCGACCUCCAAUGAAGUAUGGAGUAUGAUUGCUGGUAGAAGUAUUGUUGGAUUAGCUGUCGGCGGCGCGAGCUUGGUCACUCCAAUAUACAUCUCCGAAUUGGCACCAUCCAAUAUGAGGGGCAGACUGGUGACGAUUCUCUCCUUGUUCAUCACCGGUGGCCAAGUUGUAGCAUACAUCGUGGGUUGGCUCUUUUCCUCGAUUGAUGGAGGAUGGCGCUGGAUUGUCGGCCUUGGAAUACUUCCCGCACUUUUCCAGCUUGUUAUCCUCACCGCUCUACCUGAAACGCCCCGAUGGCUGGCACAAGCAGGAUUCGAAACAACUGCUAUAGUGGUGCUGGAGAAGAUCUACCAGGGCCACCCAGACAGUAAGUACGUCGCUAAACAAAUAUUACGGGAAAUACAGCAGGAGGUAGCAGAAGAAUGGUUGGGCUAUCGUGAUAGUUCUUCUGAGGCCGGCAAAAAGGGGAUUCACUACAUCUCGCAGCGCAUCAAAGACCUCUUCUACAUUGGUGGCAAUAGAAGAGCUUUGAUAAUAGCAAUGAUGCUGCAAGGUUCGCAGCAGCUCUGCGGUUUCAACAGCCUUAUGUACUUCUCCGGCCUCAUAUUUUCAUUUCUCUCCUUUUCGUCGCCGACACUCACGUCGCUGUCAGUGGCCACGACUAACUUUCUUUUUACAUUGCUUGCAUUUAUCUACAUCGAUAGAAUCGGCCGACGCCGAAUCCUCCUUUAUUCCAUACCUAUCAUGACACUAUCUCUCAUCGUUUGCGCAAUAGCAUUCUCUUUGGUAUCAUCAAAUUUGUCCUCUUAUCCACAGACCAGUGCAGGGUCCAGCGACACCGUGACGGGUGAUCUAACGCUCCCUAUCGUUAUUCUUUUGUGUCUAACUGUUUACACCGCUUCUUACGCCUUCGGGCUUGGCAAUGUACCCUGGCAGCAGUCCGAGCUGUUUCCUUUAAGUGUACGGUCUCUCGGGUCUGCACUCGCUACAGCAACGAACUGGGCCUCAAACUUCAUUGUCGGGCUUACUUUUCUACCCAUGAUGGAACUGUUGUCCCCAGGGUGGACCUUUGGGACAUAUGCCGUCGUCUGUGCAGUUAGCUGGUUUGGUGUGUGGUCGAUCUAUCCUGAAAUGAGUGGACUCGGUUUAGAAGAGGUUAAGGAACUUCUCGCAGAUAGCUGGGGUGUCAAGGAAAGUCUGGGGAGGACCCGCAACAGCUCCUAA